AUGAAGUCCCUCGCUCUGGUCGCUGUCUUUCUUCUCCAAACCACUGGGCUGGCUGCUCCUACCAACCCAGCUAAACGCCAGGAUAUCAACACGAUCACCGAUCAGAUUCUGUUUGACAUCACACUGCCGGAGUUCACGACGCGCCGCAACGCCAAGAACCCUUCAUCUCUGGACUGGGAAAGCGACGGGUGUACCAGCUCGCCUGACAACCCUCUGGGUUUCCCCUACGUGCCGGCUUGCAACCGCCACGACUUUGGCUACAACAACUACCGUCUGCAGAGCCGCUUCACGGUCAGCGCCAAGGAUGCCAUCGAUACCAACUUCAAAGACGAUCUCUAUUACCAAUGCGAUGUCUACGGCAGGAGUGUGAGCAUUUGCAAGGCCUUGGCGGAUGUGUACCACGCUUUCGUGGUUGAGUUUGGCGGAGAUGAUGCGACCCCCGGUAAAAGAGGCGGGCUGUACGAGGAGAAGCUUGAGAUCUAUAACCAGAUGGUUGCAGAUGCUGUUGCAAAGGGUGAACUAGUGCUUCCUGAGACUGCAUAG